AUGCACCCUCUAAACCCCUUUCUGCGGGCCUUCUUCAGAAGCACCCUCNNCCCCUCGCAGUGUCUCCCUGUAAAUCACCACAUUCUCUUGGUCCCCACGACUGAAUCGCUAUUACAAGGCCGCGACCGCGAAACGACUGCGCCAUAUUCCGACCUCGCCGUAUCUGAAGAAUUUCUCUCGAGCCAUGUCAUCCGUAUACCUGGAGGCAUUCCACCUGGAUCCACGUCAAAAGAUGGAGGAAAUAUCCGCGAGUCUAAAGGCAAGGCCAAGCAGUAUAACACACUCAAUGGCAGGACCGUAGUUGUCAAGGAUACCUAUGUAUACAGCAACAAAGGUUCGCAUCUUCUGCUACUGUCCAGCGACACUGCUGACACGCGCCUGUANGGCUUCAAGAGCUUGACUCAGGCUCAACUUUUGACCGACGCACUAUUUUGUCCCGACAUCCCAGAAGCCCAGCAAUGGCUCGUCUACUACAUCUCGAGACCUCUGGUAGGCUCUUACGAUUCCGUUCGCAUCACACCAGCAACUAUCAGGACGGCCGCGCAGCGCGCUGCAGACAAACCGAAAUCUACCGUUCCCUCAGCAUCCGACGUCAAGAAGAAGGAUAUUGCAUCGUUUACUGAACUGCUGACCGCAUUUCCUCUGAUUGCUCGACAGCUGCAGAAUGGCUUGGACAGAACACUCAAGGAAUUUGCAGCACAAUUUGAAGGUCCCGUACCUAACAAGUCAUCACGGGCACCAUCUGUAAGCUCGCAAAGGUCGGAUUACUCUUCAACUUCAUUAGAGGAUUCACUAGCUUCGCUCAGGUCUUCGGUUUCUGGAAGUGAUAGCAGUAUGCGUCUUUCGUCACUGACUAUAGAACCGGAAGAGGACUCUAUGCGCUUUGCACUCGAAAGUGCGACUACUGCUGCUAUCGAUUUGUUCCAAGGCGUUGACAGACAACAAUUAUCUCUCCUUGGCGCUACAACUGACUUGUCAGGUCCGGUGGUUGAGCGCAUGAUUGAACGUCAUGUCGCUGAGCAGCUACAUGAAACAAUUCUAUUCCCGCGGAUAUGCAAUAUUCGCCGUUCAGAGGACCUCGAGCUCGAACAUCGUCUACGGAAGAUGGCAAAUAUUGACAUUGCACAAGUCGGCAUACCCAUAGAGGAUGGCAUGAGAGGAAAGCGAGACAUGGCAAUCCGGAUCGACAGGGCUGUAGGCAUUUUCAAGAAAAUGGGCGUGGCCAGUAGUCCACAGGAGAUGAUUGAAGUUUUACUAGAGACAGCAAAGACUGUUACCGCAACUCCAGCCACCAACGUAGGGAAGCCAGGAACGCGACCAGAUGGGACGUCUGAGAAACCAAGCAUAGCCAUGACUAUCAAUGCCGAUGCACUGGUUUCUAUGCUUUUGAUUGUGGUUAUCAGAAGCUCUGUUCGUUAUUUGCACGCCAGACUCUCCUACAUGAGGCACUUUGUUUUCAUUGACGACGUGGACAGUGGAGAGAUGGGCUAUGUGCUAAGCACUUUUGAAGCUGUACUGCUUUAUCUCUCCAGGGACUCGGAUGCCUUACGGAUAGCUGCAAAGAAGAAUGCACGACUAUGGAAAGCAACAAGGAAUGGAAACACGUCGGAACUGCGGAAGAUGCUUCAACCAGACGCUCCUUGGAUUGCAGGUGGUCAGGUCAUAGAGGAAGCGCCAUCAUUCGACGAAAGCUUCCGGGACCAGGACGCUUCAAGUCUUAGUUCGCGACUGAACGACAUAAACAUCGAACGAGAACAGCAAUCGGCAAUGUCCGGUAGCGAUUUUGCUGCUGUCGGUGGGUCUUUGUCUCACGUGUUCCCUUUUCAGAAACCGCCAACACCACCUCCGGAAGCGAGUCAGCCGAAACGAAAACGUGUGACUAUGGCCAAGUUACGCAGUGCAUCUGUCUCAUCCGGAUAUUCAUCCCCAUCUCGAUCAAGGUCUAAGAGUAUCGACUCGACGAUGAGCAGUGCUUCAGCAGGUGACAGCUCUCUCGAUAAGAUCUCACAGUCGCAAGGAUUGGGCGGAGAUUCCAUCUUGAUGAUGGCUAUCGAAAAUGGGCAGCUUGCAUCUCUAGAAUACCUUCUGAGUCUGGAUCAGUAUUUCCCUAUUGAAUUUGUUCUGGAGGACUCAAACAAUGAGGGUGUGACUCUGCUUGUUGCUGCUGUACAGGGCGAUGACAAGAAUCUAACAAACACCUUGCUCAACCACAUUAUUCGAAACGCUCCUUCCGAUAGCACUUUACGAUCGUACUUCCUUCGUCAAGACAGCAAAGGGAGAACGUUUGCCCACUAUCUCUUCAAUCAGCCACAUCUAAUGGAGACGGUUGGCGAAAUGCUGCCGUGGCGGCUCAAAGACAAAAACGGACAAACACCAUUGUUUGCUUUAUGCAGGUCAUACGAUCACCAGGAAUAUCGUUGGAUGGUCGAAACUGCAUUGAAGCUUGCCACAAAUACUCAACCAGACCAAGAGCCACUCCAUCUUGCUGAUCACAUAGACAGCAAGGGUAACACUUUACUACAUAUUGUCAAUGAUCCUCAUCUCACGGCGUGGCUCCUUCGCCACUGCGAUUCGGAUGUGAAUGCGGCCAAUGACAAACGGUUCACACCGCUGAUGAUGGCGAGCAAAUACGGUAGACUCGACUUGGUUCGAACAUUCUUCGGUGACGCUCGAGUAGACCUGCAAAUAAAGGACAUCAGAGGCCUAACGGCUGUUGAGCUGGCCAAGGACGACGAAAUGGUAUGGGAAUUCUUCCUUGUUCCCGAUAUCGAUCCUGCCAUGUUGGCCGAGCGAGCGAAACAUAAGGCAGAGAUUCGUGUCGAAAAUGUUCGGGAUGACUACGACCCGAUCACAGAUACACGAGAGGUUGAAUCGUUCGUGACGCAUGCGAAAGAUCAACUCCGCGGAGUCUCUCAUGCUGUGAAGUCCCUCAUCAGACGCACUAAUGCUCAGCGCAUGAUUAAUUCGGACUUGUAUGAUGCGCGAACGCUAAAUAGUACUGGCGUCGCAACCCUGCAAUUCCUUCCUCGAAAAUACCUUACAGCAUUCGACAUGUAUACGAAAGCUCUGACGCCUUCUGAGUCUGAUCCGUUGGCAAGCUUCUACUACUCUCUGCACUCGAUCGCAAAUUCAUCGACAGCGGUUCUCGUUGCUCUCGGGCGACCAACAAGCCUGAUUGGCAGCAUGAACCAAGCCAGGAGAAACAUCGAGAGAGCUUUGGGUUCGCUUAGCAGGCAAUCCCGCUGGACGCCGAACAUAGGACUGUUUGACGAGACAAGGCGGUCAAUUGCAGCCGAAGCCGAAGAGAAAGCAACAAAGGCACAAGGUGAGCUUGACUCUCUCGGUAGCGAACUACGCUACACGCAACAGACCGUUGCAGCUGAGCUGGCUGGUUGGCAAGAACAGCACGUCAAGUUCAGCAAGAUGAUGCUGAAAGAUCUGGCCAAGGGUAUGGUUGUGAAAGAAAAAGCCAGGCUCGAGAGCAUGAAGAGAGCACUAAGGGAGUUGCAAAGGUGA